AUGUCUGCCAACGGCGACCGAAAAUACGACAUCGACUCCGAAUCCGACUCGGGCGAGUCCAUCAACAAUGCUCCCGGCGAUGGCUUCGAUAGCAAGCCCCUCAAGUCGGCCCUGAAGAAGGGCAGCCAGCCCGCUCCCGAAGACACGGUCGCGAAGCCGUACCUCCCGCCCCAGACCGACCCCAAAGACCUCGAUGUCGCCAGCCUGACGCCCCUAACACCCGAGAUUAUCGCCCGCCAGGCCACCAUCAACAUUGGAACCAUCGGCCACGUUGCCCACGGAAAGUCGACCGUCGUCAAGGCCAUCUCUGGCGUUCACACUGUCCGCUUCAAGAACGAGCAGAUUCGCAACAUUACCAUCAAGCUCGGCUACGCCAACGCCAAGAUCUACAAGUGCGACAACUCAGCCUGCCCGCGCCCUACCUGCUACCGCAGCUACAAGAGCGACAAGGAGGUUGACCCUGCGUGUGAGCGCGAUGGAUGCGGUGGCACCUACAGACUGUUGCGUCACGUUUCGUUCGUCGAUUGCCCAGGUCACGAUAUUCUCAUGAGCACCAUGUUGUCAGGUGCCGCCGUCAUGGACGCCGCCCUACUCCUAAUUGCCGGCAACGAACCCUGCCCCCAGCCUCAGACCUCCGAGCAUUUGGCCGCCAUUGAGAUUAUGAAGCUGGACAAAGUCAUCAUUCUACAGAAUAAGGUCGAUCUGAUGAGAGAAGAGGCCGCCCAGCAACACUAUGACUCCAUUCUCAAGUUCAUCCGCGGCACCGUCGCCGGCCAGUCGCCUGUCAUCCCCAUCUCUGCUCAGCUCAAGUUCAACGUCGAUGCUGUCAACGAGGCCAUUGUUAACACCAUUCCUGUGCCGCCUCGUGAUUUCAGCCAGCACCCUCAGAUGAUUGUCAUCCGAUCCUUUGACGUCAAUAAGCCUGGUGCAGAGAUUGACGAGCUCAAGGGUGGUGUUGCCGGUGGCUCCAUCCUGCACGGUGUCGUCAAGCUCGGUGACGAGGUGGAGAUCCGCCCUGGUAUUGUGUCCCGCGAUCAGAGCGGUGCCAUCAAGUGCACGCCCAUCUUCAGCCGUGUGGUGUCACUUAACUCCGAGUCCAACGAUCUUAAGUACGCCGUUCCUGGUGGACUAAUUGGUGUCGGUACCCGCAUCGACCCUACCCUCUGCCGUGCCGAUCGUCUGGUCGGCUUCGUGCUCGGUCUCAAGGGCCGUCUUCCCGAGAUUUACAGCGAGAUUGAGAUCAACUUCUACCUCCUCCGCCGCUUGCUCGGUGUCAAGACUGCUGAUGGCAAGCAGGCCAAGGUUGCCAAGCUGGCCAAGAACGAGGUCAUCAUGGUCAACAUUGGCUCAACGUCUACCGGUGCCAAGGUUGCCGCCAUCAAGAAUGAUGCUGCUAAACUUAUCCUGACCAACCCUGCAUGCACGAGCAUUGGCGAAAAGGUUGCUCUAUCGCGCCGUAUCGAGAAGCAUUGGCGCCUUAUCGGUUGGGCCACGAUUGCUGCUGGUGUCACGCUUGAGCCUAGUAGCUCCUAA